UCCUUAACGAGAUCAUUAUUCUACCGCAAAACAAAAUCAACUGAAAAAAAAUGGCGCUACAAAUCCACUCUUCGUAUUCCUUCUCCACGAGACCCUAUCAUCUCCAUCAUCUCUUGACGAGCAGAAACCCUAGAUUCGAAAUCAAAUGUCAGAAUCCCCAAAUCGAAACCGAGACAACAGAGGAUCCAGCUCAACCAAGGAAACCGGGAUCCUCCGGCGUAGGAUUCGGGUCACCGGCUUCUUCAUCUUCUUCAUCUUCAUCUUCUAGGAAAGGGAAAGGGAAGAGAGAGGUAAUUAGGCGUUCUCCUGUGGAGAAACCGGUUUUCAUUAGCGAAGAAGGAGCGGCCAAGGCAGAGGAGCUUAGACGGAACGAAAAUGCGUUUCUUCUCACAUGGCUUGGGCUUGGUGCCCUCAUCCUCAUCGAAGGGAUUAUUCUAGCCUCUUCAGGUUUCCUCCCAGAAGAGUUGGAUAAGUUGUUUGUCAAGUAUGUGUAUCCAGUGUUUACUCCAACGGUUGGAUUGUUUGUAGCUGGGACAACUGCUUAUGGGGUUUUAAAGUACAUUCAAAACGAGAAACUCAAGGAUCAAAAGUGAUACAACCAUUUAUAUUUGAGCUUGCCCGUGAUUGAGAUAGAUUGGUGUUAAAUGCAUGGAUACUCUUUAAGAUUGUUUUCACUUUGGUGUUAUGCAAAAUCCAAGAAGAAUAGUUUGUGUGUUGAUAAGAAUCUUUAGUCAUUGUAUAUGCAGAGAUGUUUGUGUAAAAUAAAAAUCAGUGUGAAGUUAUUCAAGUGCCAUUAACAUUUUA